AUGAGAAAAACGACGACGGAGGAAAAGAAGAAGAAGCAGCAGCAGCAGCAGGCAGCAAAGACUGCUCGCAGUGGCACGAUGUGUAAGAGAGUAAGAACAAAACGAGCAAAAAGACCACGAGGACGACUGGGCGACGAGGAGAAGAAGUUGGAAAAGGAACAGCAUUUAUACAAAACCGACGACACAAGCGGAAAGAAGAAGAAGACGACGAGAAAUAAAAAGCACCGAAGGUAUGGUAGUGAUCUGCGGCGUAUCGAUAAACAAUCGAUAAUUGUUGAGAGUGAAGAGAUCGGUUAUGUGUGGUGCAGCAAAAGAAGCGAUUUUGUCCCGAGGCGCGGACCGUCUGUAGACCACGUAAUAACCACGUUCAGAGCAGACAGACAAACGCACACGGCACUUCUGUUGCCCCAGUGGACGUCGUCACCCAAGGCAAUCGGUUCCUUCGCCAAGAACAAUCCACCGUCUUCUCAUCCUCGAGAUGCUCCUCUUCAAACCGUUUACGAUCAAGUAAACAACUAUACAAGCACAAGUGUUUUAAAAUUGAGUAAAUGGUUUCAAAGAUGUGGGGGCCUCGGCACGGGCGUCUACUUGGCCAAGACAACCAGUGGCCGGUCGCAUCGGCGUGACGUCAUCGCCACACAGCGAUUCAGGCCAGACCAAUGGCGCGCGCAACGCUCUCCUAUAAGUGGCAGGGAUCGCGUGGUGGGAAGAGACACGGGCGCUCUCAGGUUCCCGAGACCGAGCCGACGAAUCGUUCAGUACAAACAGAAACGUUGCAAGCCAAGCAAUUGCUUCAACAGUGUCGGAAAAGUGAACACGGUGUUUCCUGAGGAACAGGAUCAGGACAGGAGCAGUGUGGAUUCAGUAUUAGGAAGGCCCUUUCAGGGCAUGGCGGCGGCAACGUAUCUGCCCGCUAGUAGUGCUGUAACCGCGGCUGAUUUGGACGUAGGGAUGAAUAUCGUGGGCGGCUAUCAUACCAGUGCGUCACCAAGAAGUGCGGCCGACGCGAACGAAAUGAAGUAUCUGCCACACAACCACCACAAUUCGCACCACCAUAUGGCCAGUUCGCCGUCCCCUGGUGGACAUGCGGCGGUCUCGUUAUCGGCCGGCAACCCGUGGGUGAGUUUGCAACCUGGGGACCCGUGGACGGCCUCGAUGGCCGGUAUGCACCACGCUCAUGUCCACCAUCCCCAUCAAGACGUCAAACCCUUAACACAACAAUCCGAUCUAAUGCACCAUCAAAGGCAACAGCACCAGGCAAUGGGAUCUCCGCAUGCAUGGCAUCACAGCGUAUCCGGACAUUACAACCCCGGUGCCGGUUCGCCUUUGCAAUACCACACAUCGAUGAACGGCCUGUUGGCCCAUCACCAAGCCGCCCCUCAACUUCACCACCCCAUGCAUAGAGACAUGCAAAGUCCGCACAAUCCUCACCAUCCCGAUAGAGAUGUGAGCGGCGGCGAAGAAGAACAACCCACCAGCGACGAUUUGGAAGCGUUCGCGAAACAAUUCAAGCAAAGAAGGAUCAAGUUGGGCUUUACGCAAGCCGACGUCGGCUUAGCACUUGGCACCCUGUACGGAAACGUAUUCUCCCAAACAACGAUCUGUAGGUUCGAAGCUUUACAAUUAAGUUUUAAGAAUAUGUGCAAGUUGAAACCGUUGUUGCAAAAGUGGCUGGAAGAGGCCGAUUCCACAACAGGUUCGCCUACGAGCAUCGAUAAAAUUGCCGCCCAGGGCAGGAAAAGGAAAAAACGCACUAGCAUAGAAGUAUCGGUUAAGGGCGCAUUAGAGCAACAUUUCCACAAGCAGCCGAAACCGAGCGCGCAAGAGAUCACCGCGUUAGCCGAUAGUCUGCAAUUAGAGAAAGAAGUUGUUAGAGUAUGGUUUUGCAAUAGGAGGCAGAAAGAAAAGCGGAUGACCCCGCCGAACACGUUAGGCGGCGACAUGAUGGACGGUCUGCCCCCGGGCGGACACAUGCACCCUGCCUACGGACACCAUCCCGAUAUGCACGGCUCCCCCAUGGGCCAGCACUCCCAUUCGCACAGUCCACCAAUGUUGUCUCCCCAAAGCAUGGGUCACCAGCUGACGGCCCAUUAG